AGAUUCAACACUGUAUAAAAAUUAUCUAUUACAAGUGUUUCGGAGAGUCACUGCUUUCUCAUUAUCGACUUACCUGUGUCUGAAAUUGAUAUUGGCAACGUCUCUAAUUCAAAUUUUGUAAUAAAGUAUUUCAGAGCUGCAUCUUUCUUUGUGAUCGAUUUUCUUUGAACAACAACAAACCGUGCAUCUCAUUCGAGGAGAAAUAUUCGUGAUUCACGUAUAGUCUUUUAUAUCAGUCCUUAAAUCACGAACGACAGAGUAGAAACUUAUUCAGGAAUUUUUCUUGCAUUCGCAUAUCGCUACUUUGGUGUGGCUUCACCAGAGAACGACGUCGAAAUCAUGGAUUUUUGGUUUUGGUGAAGGCUGGUUCAACUCAUGAUGUUCGAUGUUAGAAAAAGAAGUGAUAUGGAGUAUAUGGAUGGAGUAAGCUCUAGAAGUGGUUUUAUCUAAAGUAAGAUAAAAAUUUUAUUGGGCGUACUCCUAUUUACCAAAAUCAAUAACAAUGCAAGACGAAAAACCAACAUCGUCAAAUAUUCAACAUAAAGCAAAAACUGGAAGCUUGUUCAAAAGACAAUUUGAUUAUGUUAUCAACCUUGUCGGACUGAUGGUUGGAUUCAGCAACGUUUGGAGAUUUCCGUAUAUGUGCUACAAGAACGGCGGAGGCUCCUUUCUUGUUGCCUACUGGAUUUUUGUGAUUCUUCUGAUUUUUCCAAUUAUCAUGAUAGAAAGUGCUCUCGGUCAGUACACGGGGAAAAGUGCAAUCAAGAUAUGGUACAUGACGCCGAUGUUUAGAGGUAUUGGGUACGCGUCUCCAUUUCUCAUGUUUUUCUUUAAUCUGUAUUACCCUGUACUACUUGCCUGGACAUUACGUUGGUUGGUUGCCAGUUUCUCAGUUGAUAUCUCAUGGACGAAAUGCGGCAACGAUUGGAAUACGGAGAACUGCUUACCUUUGUCCGUGGAAACCAGGCGUUUGUCCGAGGGAAAUACAACGAUGCUGAAAAUGGAUGAAUCGUUCGCAAAUGCCACCGCGUUAAACGCGACAAACUAUAUUUCGUCAGUGGAAGAAUUUUGGAGGCAUAAUAUUCUCAACAUAACAUCUGGAAUCGAAUACAUAGGUGAUGUCAAGCCUGAUAUUCUUGCCUGUCAUAUUGCCGUCUGGGUUCUGGUGUAUUUUGCAAUUUGGAAAGGAAUUCAAUGGACGAGCAAGAUUGUCUACGUCACCGCCACACUUCCUAUCGCCAUGUUAAUCGUGGUGAUUGUGCGUGGUGUGACUCUUGACGGAGCUGGAGCGGGAAUAGCUGUCUAUCUGAAACCAAAUAUCACAAAACUGGGAGAAGUCGAAGUAUGGACAGACGCUGCUUCUCAAGUUCUAUUCUCACUCGGAGUUUGUGGGGGAGGAAUCGCAACAUUGAGCCAAUUUAACAAAUUUAAUCAUAAUUUUUACAGGGAUUCGGUCAUUCUUGUUCUUGCCAACGGCGGAGUCAGUUUUCUUUCCGGAUUUGCAACAUUCUCAAUUCUCGGAUUUUUGGCUCACGCCAAGAAUACCACCGUUGAUGCUGUAGCAGAAUCAGGUCCAGGACUUGUUUAUAUUGCAUAUCCGACAGCCCUGUCAUUAUUACCCCUACCACAACUAUGGUGUGCUUUGUUCUUCAUUAUGUUGUUAUUGUUGGGAUUCGACAGUUUGUUUGUUUACCAAGAAACACUCAUGUCGUGUUUGAAAGAUCAAUAUCCAGAAUGUUUCAAAUUUAAAUGGGCACGUGAGAUAUGGACGGCGGUUGCUUCUGUUAUUCUUCUAAUACUUGGCCUUCCAAUGGUUACCAGGGGUGGAAUGUACGUUCUGAAUCUCUUCAAUACUUACGCAGUCACUGGUUGGUGUUUGUACUUCAUAUCUCUCGUCGAGUUUAUUGCUAUAGGAUGGGCUUACGGAGCAGACAGAUUUUGUGAUAAUAUGAAAUCAAUGUUAGGUUUCGAUAUCCCAAGAUUGUGGUUUAAAAUUUGUUGUAAAUAUGUUGGACCUGUGAUUUCAACGACUCUGAUGAUUUACUCCCUCGCAUCAUACCGAACUCUAAAAUACGGUAAAUCUUACACUUAUCCUGUAUGGGCGGAUGUAUUCGGUUGGAUGACUGCUUUAACCUCCAUGUUGACAAUACCAAUAACCAUUGUUUAUGUUUUAUGGAGGGCUGAUGGAAGAAACCUGAUUGAGAAAAUCAAGAAUUCAUUGAGCGAGCCUGGCAUUAGCAGAAGAGCGGCUGAAUAUGGAGACAAGAUGGAACUCGAGGCGUUGAACCCAACUGCUGUUAAAGUUGAUAUGUGAACGUUGUGAACGUCUUUUCCCAAUUAAUAUAUAACGCUAUUAAUUCCAAUUUUACUUUUUAUUUGUAAAACUUUCGUUCAUAAAAUUGGAUUCCGUGAUUCAACGUUUUAGUGGACGCGUUCACUCGAAAAGUUUUUGCUGUAUUGGGCUUUUUAUGAUAUCACUAUAACAAGAAAAUUUGGUUUCCAAAUGUAGAAAAAUAAUUUUUAAUUUACCGCUUGAUCUGAAUGUGCAUUAUUCAGAUCUCAUUUUUUUUUUGGAACAGUCAAUAAUACAAAUUAAUAUUAUUAAAUAUUAAUAUUUCAUAUUCGUAAACCUUUAGAUGUUACAUAACUUACAGUUUGAUUGGUGCAAAACGGACGGAGAUUUUGUUAAAUUUUGAUAUCAAAACAGGCUAAGUUUGCAUUGUCUGUCUCUGUUCUAUGUCAACCAACCACAAUGUAUAAUAAAAGCCAACCUGACUCGGUUUCGCUCAUUGUUCGUCGAAGUACGCUCAACUUUCAGCUUAAAUGGUACAAAACUGAUGGGAUAUUUCGUUGAUUUUGUUGAAUAUUGAUAUUAAACAAUCUAAAUUUGCAUUUACCUCUGUUCUACGUCAAUCUUGAUAUUUUUUAGUUUUUAUAAAGUAAAAAGUAUUUGAAAGUAUAUAAAUAAAGUAAUUGCGAUGUAUAGUCUCUCUAAACUUAGCGAAACUUCGAUUCUUAGAAUAGUACUUUUGAUGUGAGAAUUUAGUAUCUUUAUUUUGUACAAUAAUCGAGAUUGAGCCAAUCCUAAUAAAAUCUGAUUUUUAAAUUUGAAAUA